AUGGCGCUGGCCGGGAUUCGAGUCGUUGAGCUGGCGGGCCUGGCUCCAGCACCGUUCUGUGGAAUGAUCCUGGCAGACUUCGGAGCCAAGGUGAUCCGGGUGGACCGGACCAAGGUCGGUGCCUCUUUGGACACGCAGGCCCGGGGGAAGCGAUCGGUGGCCAUCAACCUGAAGACUUCUGAGGGUGUUGCCCUGCUCCGGAAGCUCUGUGUCCAGUCGGACGUCGUCCUCGAGCCUUACCGUAAAGGUGUGAUGGAGAAGCUUGGUCUGGGUCCACAGGAGCUGCUGAAGGAAAAUCCUGGUUUGGUUUACGCUCGCCUGACGGGAUAUGGACAAAGUGGAAUGUACGCCUCCGCAGCCGGCCAUGACAUCAACUAUCUGGCCAUGUCAGGCCUUUUAUCCCGUUUGGGUCGCAGCGGAGAGAAGCCGUACGCGCCGCUGAAUAUCUUAGCGGACUUUGCAGGCGGCGGGCUCACCUGCGCCCUCGGUAUCGUCCUAGCACUGCUGGAGCGGACAAAGUCGGGGAAAGGACAGAUCAUUGAUGCCAGUAUGGUAGAAGGAGCGGCAUACGUGGGUUCCUUUGUUUGGAAAUCCCACAGCAUUGGUAUGUGGGAUCGUCCACGAGGGGAGAACAUGUUGGACAGCGGCGCACCCUUCUACGACACCUACCUGACAUCUGACGCCAAGUACGUGGCCGUGGGCGCCAUCGAGCCACAGUUCUACAAACAGCUGCUUCAAGGUUUGGAAUUAGACGCAGACAAGCUACCUCCGCAGAUGAGCUUCGACGACUGGCCGAAGCUCCGACGGAUCUUCUCGGAGCGUUUCGCCUCAAAGACGCAGGCGGACUGGUCCGGAAUUUUUGAUGGGACAGAUGCGUGCGUGACGCCUGUGUUGUCAUUUGACCAGGUGAGCAUGCACCCACACAACCAGGAGAGGGGUUCCUUCAUGAAGGACUCCAGCGGGCAGGAAAGCCCUCGGCCGGCCCCGCUCCUUUCCCGUACUCCCGCGGAGCCUUCUGUCGCCUCUGGCUUGCUUAUUGGAGAACACACAGUGGAGGUUCUGGAGGAAUAUGGGUUUAAAAAAUCUGAGAUAGAGAAGAUGCUGGCAGCAGGAAUUGUGGAGAGUAAUGCUGUCAUGGCAAAAUUGUAG